AUAAAAGGAAUUAAAAUAAGAAGCGGAUUUUUGUUAAAAAUGAUUUUGUCUUUAAUCAAAGUUUUAAUUGUUGUUAAGAGAAGCAAAAACCCCAACGAAACACAAGUAACAGGACACCAUCAGAAAAAAGGAUUUUCCUUAUCCUUGAAGUUGACGAAAAUGCUCUGAAAAGACUCAGGUUUGAUUGUUAGAUAUGGAGUGUCUGAGAUUGGUACUUCAGGAAAAUUGAAGAAUCGAAGUAAUAUUAGGUGGCCAGCAUGGCCUUAAUACGAACCUGCAGUGAUGUUGAGAAGGAAGGAACAGGAACAAGAUUUGCAGAAAAGGAGAUUUAUUUGCUGCAAAUACUACGAUGAAUCAAGACAAUGAACAAGACAAUAACCCUGAUGCGUUAGAUGAUUUUCUGCUAAAGCGCAAACGUGGUCGCCCAAGAAAGCACCCAAAACAUGAUUUAAAUCAGGGGGAGAAUGCUCAGAUGCCUUGGAAUCAGAACCUGAACCAUGCUGAGAAUGCCCAUGUCCCACCUGGAUUUGGAGCAGUGAAUGGAAACCGACCCCACCAAGUGAAUCCUGAUGCAAAUGACGUAAUGGUUGGUCAGGCUGUUAGUGGUGUUAUUGAGGCAGCAUUCGAUGCCGGAUAUUUGCUUACUGUUAGGGUUGGCAACUCUGACACCACUUUAAGGGGCGUGGUCUUCAAGCCUGGGCAUUAUGUUCCCAUUUCAGCUGAAAAUGAUGUUGCUCCUAAUCUCCAAAUGAUUAGACGAAACGAGAUUCCCUUCCCACGGGAGAGGAAUGGAACAGCUCAUCCACUCAACGGACCAGCUCUCACCAACCAGGUGCCACGAGCCCGGGCUUCGAAUCUUGGAGCCAUAAAAAACAAGAAUGUGCAGCCAGCGGCAACACAGUUCAAUUCACUACUGUCCAGGGGCACAGUGGUGCCUGUUGUGCUCCAACCUGCUAGUUUAUCAAAUGGGAAAGUUUCCAGCCAACAAUUAAGCCAACCCCCUCAUUUGGUUUCUAAAGGAAAACAAGUUUCUGGAACUGCCAAUGCAACAAAUGAGGAAAAACCUGUCAACCAGAUGGCAACAGUUGGAAACCCGAUAUUUCCUACUCAACCUCAACCUCGGAGUAGUAACCACACCGUGCCCAAAGGCAUACAAAGUGAAACUGUUUCAUAUAGUCAACUUCCAGCAGAGGGUUUACAGGAUAAAGAUGCAAAGUCGAUGACUGGCAUGCCAUUUGAGAAACUACUAUCUGAAGUCAUGAAAAGAGUUCAAGUCCCCCUACAACCACCAGAAGUUCAAGGUGGAAAUUUGUCGGUCAAAGAGUUGGGAAAUAAACUGGAAGAUGAUCAGGCACUCUCUAUCGAACCACUGCAAGCGGUACAGUCCACUCAUUCUUCUUCUAUGCUCAAACCUUUGGAAAAUUUCAGAACUGGCAAGAUGACUGAGCUGUUGCAGGCUGUUCAAGAAAACAUGAGAGAAAACCAAGCAUCUCGGAUCGAACAGCCAGCCAUCAGUUCUGAAGGAACCAUGCUCAGAGAUAAAGCAACGCAUGAUUCAAACAAGCAGUCAUAAGUUUGGAGUGUGGAAUGUUGUAGAGUGUUUUAGUAUAAUGAAAUAGACUAUGUAAAAUGUUUUAAAAUCCUAAACAAGGUGAAGGAGCUAGACUUCCCCGAAGGGCUAACCUAACCUUAAAAGUUAGAGAAGGCUGCAGCAUCGGAUUUUCUUUGCUCUAACCCUUUUAGGAUUAGAACUGUUGCCAUUACUUAGAAUAAAGCUUUUCGUUUUUCAGUUUAUAGAUAUAUAUAGAAAAGCUAUCUUUAUGUAUCUUUAUGUAACUUUAGGCUUUGUAAUAACUUAGUAAACAGGGAAAGACCAGUUUCUUGUUAAA